CUCCUUCCAUUUAUACUCUCAGACACAACAGAUCAAAAGGCAAAACACACACAACAUAAUGCUUCUCUACUUUAUCAUCUCGUGUCUCUCUUUCUUUUUCUUGUCCAAAUCAUUCUCUCUUCCUCCACGGGCAUCUGAAACCAAAACCUUGCUCUCUUUCUACUUCUCCAAAAGCCUCUUCACCAAAACUCUGCAUCCAACCACAUCUGAUCCCGCCUCUCCCGUGGACCACCAAAUGUCAGUCCUUGACCUCCCUGACCUGGCUCUGGAUCGCAUCCUCGAGCUUCUUCCACCUUCUGGACUCUCUAGUAUGGCCAGGGUUUGUAGCUCCCUGAGGGAGAGAUGUGUGAGUGAUCAUCUCUGGGAGAAACACUUGAUCACCAAAUGGGGAAAAGUCCUUGGCCCUGCUGCUCAUAGAGAGUGGAAAUGCUCUCUCUCUUCCUCGUAUCAUCUUGAUUCUCCUAGUCACCAGAUUGGUGGCCAUCCUCUUGGCUUUGACAAAAUCAUCUCUUUGAUCCGAUCUGUUUCUUCUGUUUUCCUAAAUGAUGAUGAUAAUAAGAGGAAGAGAUAUGCUGCGUCUUCUCUGCCACUUGAUUCCACCAUGAGCUUCUACCUCUCCCUUGAAACUGGUCGUUUUUGGUUCCCUGCUCAAGUUUACAACCGUGAGAAUGGGCAUGUAGGGUUCAUGUUGUCAUGCUAUGAUGCUGAGCUCAGCUAUGAUACUCUCACUGAUACUUUUCAGGCCAGGUAUCCACCACAUGGUAGAAGAGCAGUUGCGGUUGAAAAGGGUGUGACAUGGGAGAGGCUAAGAGCAGCUCCCAUUGAUGCGUCUCCUCAUCAUCUUCAUGUGUCAGAUUCUCUAAACGAGUUGAAACCUGGAGAUCACAUCGAGAUUCAGUGGAGAAGAAACAAAGAGUUCCCUUAUGGAUGGUGGUAUGGUAUCGUUGGCCACUUAGAAUCCUGUGAUGGGAAUCUCAACCAUUGUCACUGCCAUCUUAAUGAGAUGGUGGUGUUGGAAUUCAACCAGUACACAGUGGGAUCGAGGUGGAGAAGAACAAUGAUAAACAAGAGAGAUCAUAGAGAGGAAGGUAACGAGGAAGAGGGGUUCUAUGGAGGAAUCAGAAAGCUAAGUUGUAAAGAAGAGAUUGCUAUGUGGACACGUCUCUGGCCAUCCUCCAUCUUAGAGUAGGAUCAAGAGAUUCAAACACAACCAUUGUACUAAAGGGUAGUAGGGAUGUUAAUUUUAGAUGUGUACUCACUCUUCUAUCCAAUGUAUGAUUUAACUGUUGAUUAUUUAUUCGAAAUUGUCGAAAAUAUACAUGAAACUACUGUUCACAUCA